AUGUCAACAUGGAUUAAUAAAAAGCUAAUAUCCAUUUCGGAAAAGGUCAUUGAAAAUGUAAUCGAUUCCUUUACAAACAAGAAUACACCCAUAGAAAACAUUCAGAAUAUACAAGGGACACAAUUAGGAAAAAUAAUAAGCAAAGUAAUUUCAUCGAAAUAUUUCUUCAAAAAUGAUGACAUAUGUUACAAUUCGAGGAAUCUGGAUUUCAAUUGGCACGUAAAAAAUAGAACAUACAAGAGAAAGAAAAAGAGAGGGAAAGAUAAGAUAAAAAGAAUUCACAAGAAAUUAUUAGAUGAAAGGAGAAGGAAAAUAAACAGUAAACGUCGUAGAUAUAUUGGGAAUAAAACAAAAGAUGAAAAUGAAGAUGAAUGUAAGGAGGACUCAUAUAGCAACAUUUGCAUAAAUUCCAAAGGUCCCAAUUAUUUAAGUAUUGAUGAGUCGUAUAUUGGUACUAGUACACAGUUGAGUGUUAAUAAGCCAUGUGAAGCAGAAGAAAAUGAAAAAGAAAUAUCGUUAAAAAAGGAAGUGAUGACAUGUAAAUCUAGUGUGCAAAGUGUUUUUAGUGAAAUUCCAGAUUGGAUGACUUCAGUAAAUUCGAAUGCAGCUUCUGGAUAUGGUUCUUGUGUUGAAAAUACAUCGGAUAGUUAUCACAGCAACUAUGGGGCCAAUUCAGAUUGCACGUCUCGUAGAAGUUGUAAUAGAAAAUUUCGUGAGAGAUCCCGUGGAAGUUCAUUUGAAAAUUCAGCGCACACAUCAUUAAAUCUGUCUACGAGUGAAUCUGUAUCUAGUUCAUUGAAUGAAUCGCUUUCCUUAUGCUCAUCUAGGAAUAAAACAUCAACUGGGGAGCAAAGGGAAAGUUCAUUGAACUCAAAUCAUCAUUCAGAGGCUAGAGAAAAUUAUGUAAUGCUGAAGCAGUCCCAUUUAUGCAAACUAAAUAUUUUUAUAAAAGAGGCGAAAUUAUUAUUUUUCAACAAGAAUGUAAGUAUAAAUGACAUAUCCAUAUUUGUAACAACAAUUUUAGAGGAUAAGAAAUAUGUAGGAAAAUUGAGAAAAUUAAGCUCAAGAACACUACCAAUGAAUAAUUUAAUCAUCAAUGAAUAUAUAAAUCAUAAUUUGAAAGAUAUAUAUAGCGAUAUAGUUAUAAAUAUAAAAUAUAAAAAUCGGAAAAAGAAUAAUGAAGAAAUAAUUUUAGGAAGGGUAAUUAUCCCCCUAUUUUUAGUGUUGAAUACAUAUAAAUAUAAAAUAAAAAAUAUAAGAAAUAAAAUAAAAUAUUGUACCAAAUGUUUUUUAUGGCUACAUAUAUUUCCUUGUAAUAAUAAAUUAUUUAAUUAUAAAUUUUUUAAACCAGUAGAAGGAUUUGAAGAAUAUGGCAUGUUAAAUCCUUUGUACACAUUGGGCUUUCUGAAUAUAAAAAUGAGAAUACUUUUUAAGAAGAAUCCUUUAUUUUUAACUCUCUAUAGUAAUAUGAGAAAGCCUCUAUUUUAUUAUAAAUUACCUAUACAAUUUGAGCCUCUGUAUUGCCAAUAUUACAGUGAAAAUUUCUUUGUCUAUGUGACGAAUUUACCUAUAUGGGUUUAUAAAUUUUUUUAUAUUUUUAAUCCAAAAAGAGUUGAAAUGAUACCUUUAAAUUAUUAUGAUUAUGUAUUCAUUUUAUCAUUUUGGUUAUUUUUUUUUCGUUUAAUUGUUUUUUCUCCUAUCUUUCAUAUAUCCGUUCAUUUUUUUUUUUGUCUCAUUUUUAUUUCCCUAUCGUAUAAGUAUGGAAAGAUAAACUAUUGCCAUAACAUGAACUACAACUUUCGCCCUGUCCAAGUAAAGAGGAGAUCCCAUCGAAAUUUCAAUCAUGAAAGGAAUAAUAAUCAAAUGAUUUCCAUAUUCCACCCUGAAAAUAGAAGAAAUGUUCAUUUUUUCAACAAGAGAAGAGAAAUAUCCCUUACGGCGAACGAUGUCGAUUCUAACUAUUGCUGUAAGUAUGAAGGUGAAGUUUCUCUGUUGAAAGACUUUCCACACUCUAGCGCUCUUAGCUCAAAAGAAGGAGAGACAUAUAAAGCAGAAACAUUGAUAUGUUCUUCAAGGAUGGUAGGUUCGAAUCUUGAGACACCACAUGAUGAAAUUCUUACAAAAGUAAAAGAAAAGGAAGGCAAGUUUGGACACAAUGUGUCAGAAAGAGAUGUGAUGAUCCGGCAGUAUGGAUUAAAGAACGAUGAUUUUCUCAAAUUGAUAGUAACAGAUGAUGAUAUGAAAAGUGUACCCAGCGAAAAGGAAAAUAAUUGGUUAAAUAAAAAAUGCAUCCAUGGAAAGGAUGAAGAAUUUAGUGGUGAUACAGAGAAUGGCAUGGUAAGCAUUCAUAACGAUUUUAACAGUAAUAGCAGCUUUAAUGGUGGUGAUAGCUUUUAUAAACCUGUAAAUCAGAAUAACGAUAGUGAAAGAUAUGUUGCGCAAUUACAAAUAGAAGAAAAUUGUUUUUUAAAAGAAUCUGCAUUAUAUAAUAAUGAUGAAGAGACGAAAGAAAUUGCGAAAAAAAUUGAGAAAAAAAUUGAGAAAGAAAUAGAAAAUGAAUCUAGAGAGAAUGAAAAAAAGAAAAAAAAAGAAAAAAAAGGUAUCAUUGACUUUAUGAAUAAUACUCCAGAUGAAAUAAACAACAAAAUUAACAAUGUAACAAAAUUUGCAAAACGGUUACAAAAUAUGAUGUUUGAUAGUAUGGAUAAAAAACCAUUAGACUUUUUCAAUGUAGGUUCACAUGGAAAUGGACUAUCUAGUCUAUUUAACGGCAUAAAUGAAAGGAGGAAAAAAUCAGAUAAGGAUAGUACCAAAGGUGAAAAUUCUAAUUAUCAAAUUGGAAACAUGAACCAAGGGGAUAAUACACGAGAGGUAGAACAGGAAGAGAAUUACCAAGUGAAGGACAAGACGAUGGAAGUGACGAAGAAUAUAAUGAAAGGAAGAAGCCAGAGAGAAAACGACAUUUUACAGUUUAAAAAAAAAAAUGCUAAAGGAUUAGAAAUAACGAUGCACAAGAAUAAUAGGAUAGAGAAAACGAGAGAAGAAAAUGAACAAAGGAAUCGAAGGAAUAAUACAUGUGUGUUGCAUAGUAGUAAUAAAGGAGAAUACACAGAUUACUCAGUGUUAGUAUCUUCUUCAUGUAACAAUGGGAUGGAUUCAAAUGUAAUGCAGCAGAGUGUUAUGAAUUUUAAUGAUGAAGGUUUCAGCAAUUGUAAAGAGGUAAAUAAUUCCCAAAUUGUAAAUGGGAAUUGCAACAAUAGAAAUGAUUUGUUUAUUCCAUCAUCUGGUAAUUUAGAAGGGGAAGGAAGUCAUUGUUCUCAUUCAAAUAACUCUGGAGAAUCUAAAUUUUCUAAAAAAAAUUAUUCAUUUGAUACUUUUAAGAACAAUUUAACAUCAUGUGCAAAUGAAGAGAAAAGUUAUUUUGGAACAAGAAAUGAUACAAAUAUGACAAGUGAAAAAAAAGACAAGUUUCCUUUUAAGAAAAAAUAUGCUUUUAUGCCAAUUGUGAAAUCACCAUUUCAUAAUUUUUAUUUAUGUUUCAGUUCUGUAGAUAAUAAACAGAUACCCAUAUUUUCAAAUAAUAUGGAUGUACCAAAUGUCCAUUUAUUGCUUAAGCGAUUUAUCACACUAAUCACCUUAACGCAAAAUUUUACAGGUGUAUUUACAAUGAUAUAUGAAAAGCUGAAUUAUGCUUUUAAUUGGGAUUUUACAUUUUACACGUUUGUAAAUUUAGUCAUAUUGUUUUUUAUAUGUUAUGGUGUAUCAUUCAUUUUGUAUGUGCUUUCACACAUUCCUCUUUUUUUUUAUCGUUUUCUUUUUUUCUUACUUGUUUCUAUGAUUUUGAUAAAGAGUUAUGAAUUUACAGAAGUUGGUUACAAGGCCAGUUUGUAUUAUCAGAAAGUAAGUAGGAAAAGGUCUCCCUGGUGGAGAUUAACAUGGAGACUGAUUAGUAAAAAGUGGUGCAGAACAGUGUGGAAGAAAAUUAAAUGGAAAUUGAAAGCGAAAGGAAAAAGGGAUUCAGAAUUUAAUACAUAUGAGGAACCAAGUGAAGACAGAAACGGAAGAGCAGCUUUUAUUAUCGACUUGGUGAAAAGAUUUUUCAGAUCAAAGAAACGAUCCAUACAACAUGCCAUUGUGAGAAAUUUUCAAAAGGUUUACAAAUGUAUAUACAAGUUAUUGGGAAAAGUAACUGUGUAUCUUUAUUUUUGUAUUUUUUUUCUAAAAAAUUGGUUAACGAGAAUGCUAAUAUUGAAAGAUAUUGAACACAUGAAAAUAGCUAAGAUGCAAGGAUAUAAGAAUCUAUUUUUUUUUAUUCAUGAUCGUAUGUUAAAAAAAGAUAAAAAUAUUCAAAAUUUCAUGAAAAGUAAUGAAACUAGCCAAAGUAAUGGUAACAAGCACAAUAGUGAUGUUUUAGGAGGAACUUUUAAACGGGUAAGGGAUAAUAAAUCUUUCUUUAAUGAGGAGGAGAAGCAUAAGAAUUUUUUAAAUCAACAAAUUUAUAAUAAUUACAAGAAUGUAGAAUCUUGUAUAUACUCCUCUAGCGACAAGGAAUCGUUGAGUGUCGAAAAUUAUCACCAUAAUAUUGAACAUUUGGAUUAUGAACAUUAUAAUAACGAUUGUGAUAAUUAUGAUGAUGACAGAGAGUCCUUAAGUCAGCUAACUGACAAUGGUAUGAUGAAUGUUAAUGUGGAUAUAUUUCUGCACUACUACUUCAAGAAAAGGAAAUACGACCUCUUCAAUAACUUUAUAAAUAUCAACAGGAAUCAUUUGUACUCCUACAAGGACAUUAACUUACUCUACUCAAAUGAUGACAAAAAAAUUAAUCACAUAAAUUAUGCAGAAUAUAUGAACAAUGAAAAUAAUUAUUCAAGUUCGUAUGAUAACAACAAGAAGAAGAGGUUUUAA